UUAGCAGCAACGUCACCGCAGCACCAGCAGCAGUGGCAGCAGCAAGGAUACUGGGGCUGGGAUUGCGCAGCCUCCCUGCAUUAGCAAUGAUGCCAUUGUAUUAGCAGAAAUCAGAUCUUAAGAAAUCGGCCCAGUUCCUCCUGUGUGGACCCGUGGAACAGUGCCUCAGCUGGAACUGUCAAGGUAGAGCUUGGUCGCAGUACAAAAGGAACACAAGCCUCCGUCCGGGAGGGCUCAAGGCUCCUUGCAGAGGUGCCAAGCUUUCCUGAUGAAAUGUGUUCUGCCCCACUGGGCUCCGGGGGCAGUGUCUGGUGCUGUUAAUGCCCUUGUUCGAACUUUCCAGAAUGGAUAGUCCCCCAAAGCUGACUGGAGAGACCCUCAUCGUCCACCACAUCCCCCUGGUGCACUGUCAAGUCCCAGACAGGCAGUGCUGUGGAGGGGCAAGUGGAGGUAGUGGGAGCACAAGACCCAAUCCAUUCUGCCCAUCGGAGCUGGGCAUCACCAAGCCUGAUCAAGACCUAGGACAAGCUGACUCCCUGCUCUACAAUAGUCGGCACUCUUCUACAGGGGGAUCUGCACGGUCUGCAGACAGCACCAAGAGUAGGGGUCGGGAUGGAAGAGGCCCUGGGGCCCCUAAACGACACAAUCCCUUCUUGCAGCAGGAGGGUGUGGCUGAGCCAGGACUUGGUGACCUAUAUGAGGACAGCAUUGGUGAUAGUGCCACCCAGCAGCAGUCAUUCCACCUGCAUGGGGCUGGCCAGCCCACCUUCCAGCUAUCCUCUUUCCAGCUGCCACCAACUGGCCCCAGAGUGGGCAGGCCAUGGGGCACAAGACGUAGUCGGGCUGGAGUGGUGGAGGGGCAAGAACAGCAGCCAGUAACCACCUUGGAUACCCAGGAGUGCAGCACUAGCUACUGCUGCCGGCCAGAGCUGGAAGCAGAGACCAUGGAGCUGGAUGAGUGUGGGGGACCUGGUGGGAGUGGCAGUGGGGGUGGAGCCAGUGAUACCUCUGGCUUUUCCUUUGACCAGGAAUGGAAGCUCAGUUCAGAUGAAUCCCCAAGGAACCCCGGAUGCGCAGGCUCAGGACCCCAGCACUGCCGCUGCAGUAGCACAUCCAGUCAGUCCGAGACGGCUGACCAGUCCAUGGGCUAUGUGAGUGACUCGUCCUGCAACAGCUCAGAUGGCGUGCUUGUCACUUUCAGCACCCUCUACAACAAGAUGCAUGGCAACUCCCAUGCCAAUCUCAACUCAGCCCCGCAAUCUUGCAGCGACUCUUCCUUCUGUAGCCAUUCAGACCCUGGCGCCUUCUACCUGGACCUGCAAACCUUCCCUGCUGAGGAGUCCCACCACCCUAACCAUGGAGGAAGGGAAGGAGGCUAUGGUUGUCCUCAUGCCUCAUCUCCUGAGCUUGAUGCCAACUGCAACUCCUACCACCCACAUUGUGAGCCCUGCCCAGCUGUGGCUGACCUCACAGCCUGCUUCCAGAGCCAGGCCCGUCUUGUUGUGGCCACACAGAAUUACUAUAAACUUGUCACCUGUGACCUGUCCUCCCAAUCAUCCCCAAGCCCAGCUGGCUCUUCCAUUACUAGCUGCUCUGAGGAACACACCAAGAUAAGUCCUGCACCAGGCCCUGGCCCACACCCUGGCCCUAGCCAGCCCUCUGAGUAUUACCUAUUCCAGAAGCCAGAAGUCCAGCCAGAGGAACAAGAAGCAGGGGGUUCCUCAGAGGAAGCAGCAGCUCCCGUGGGCCCUGCUAUGAUCGAGGGCCAAGUGUACACCAAUACUUCACCCCCCAACCUUAGCACUGGACGUCAGCGCUCUCGAAGCUAUGAUCGCAGCCUCGAACGAAGCCCUCCUGUUCGCCUGGGCUCACUGGAACGCAUGUUGAGUUGCCCAGUGCGCCUGAGUGAGGGCCCUGCAGCCCUGGCUGGGCCUAGCUCCCCACCUAGGCGGGUCACCUCCUUUGCUGAGCUUGCCAAGGGCCGGAAGAAAGCUGCAGGCUCUGGCUCCCCACCACUUCGAGUGAGCAUUGGAGACUCCUCCCAGGAUUUCUCUCCUAUCCAAGAAACCCAACAAGAUAGGGUGGGCCCCCUGGAUAAGGGCACUCGCUGUAGCCAUAGCCUACCACCAAUGCCAUUGGGGCCAGGCAUGGACCUACUUGACCCAGAGCCCUGGUCCACCCAGGUCUGUCAGGGCCCCCAGUCAAGUGAGAUGCCACCUGCUGGCCUCAGAGCUGCUGAGCAAGGCCCCCUGGCCCAGCUGAUGGAUCCAGGGCCUGCUCUCCCAGGGAGCCCAGCCAACAGCCAUCCUCAGAGGGAUGCAAGAGCCAGAGCGGAUGGGGGUGGUGCUGAGAGCCGACCAGUCCUUCGCUACAGCAAGGAGCAGAGGCCAACAACGCUGCCCAUCCAGCCUUUCGUGUUCCAGCACCACUUCCCCAAGCAGUUGGCCAAGGCCCGGGCCCUCCACAGCCUUUCCCAACUCUACAGCCUCUCGGGCUGCAGCCGUGCACAGCAGCCUGCCCCACUGGCUGCCCCCACUGCUCAAGUCCCAGCCCCAGCUCCUUCAGGGGAGUCACAAGCAUCCGCCAACAAAGGGGCCGGGAAAGCUGGGCCUGAGCCAGAAACCUCACGGCCAUCACCCCUGGGCAGCUACUCCCCCAUUCGGAGUGCUGGCCCCUUUGGGCCCAGCACCGACUCUUCUCCUUCCACUUCGUGCUCCCCUCCCCCAGAGCAGGCCACAGCCACAGAAAGCCCACCCCCAUGGAGCCACUCCUGUCCUCCUGCUGUCCGGCCUGCUACCUCCCAGCAGCCACCAAAGGAGGAUCAGAAGAUACUGACCUUGGCUGAGUACCGACUCCAUGGAACAGGAAGCCUGCCUCCUCUGGGCUCCUGGAGAUCUGGCUUCAGCCGAGCAGAGAGCCUGGCCCGGGGAGGUGGUGAGGGCAGCAUGGCCUCCAGGCCCAGUAACGCCAACCACCUAUCCCCUCAAGCACUCAAGUGGCGGGAGUACAGGAGGAAGAACCCACUAGGGCCGCCUGGCUUGUCAGGGAGCCUAGACCGAAGGCCACAGGAAGCUCGGCUGGCCCGAAGGAACCCCAUCUUUGAGUUUCCUGGCUCCCUCAGUGCUGCUGGCCAUCUGAACUGCCGGCUGAAUGGUCAAGUAGUGAAGCCAUUACCACUGACCUGCCCUGACUUCCAAGACCCCUUUUCCUUGACCGAGAAGCCUCCAGCUGAGUUUUGUCUAUCCCCAGAUGGCAACUCAGAGGCCAUUUCCAUUGACCUGCUUCAGAAAAAAGGGCUCGUGAAAGCUGUUAACACUGCUGUGGACCUCAUUGUGGCCCAUUUUGGCACAAGCCGGGAUCCUGGGGUGAAGGCAAAGCUUGGGAAUAGUUCUGUGAGCCCCAAUGUAGGCCACCUGGUUCUGAAGUACUUGUGCCCUGCCGUCCGGGCUGUGCUGGAGGAUGGGCUCAAGGCCUUUGUGCUAGAUGUCAUCAUUGGGCAACGGAAGAACAUGCCGUGGAGUGUGGUUGAGGCUUCCACACAGCUAGGCCCAUCCACCAAGGUCCUGCAUGGCCUCUACAACAAAGUCAGCCAAUUCCCAGAGCUCACCAGUCAUACCAUGCGCUUCAACGCCUUCAUCCUCGGCCUGCUCAACAUCCGGUCCCUGGAGUUCUGGUUUAAUCACCUCUAUAACCACGAAGAUAUCAUCCAGACCCACUACCAGCCAUGGGGCUUCCUGAGCGCAGCACAUACCGUGUGCCCCGGCCUCUUUGAGGAGCUGCUGCUGCUGCUACAGCCCCUGGCCCUGCUGCCCUUCAGCCUCGACUUGCUCUUCCAGCACCGGCUGCUGCAAAGUGGGCAGCAGCAGCGGCAGCACAAGGAGCUGCUGCGGGUGUCCCAGGACCUGCUGCUAUCCGCCCACUCAACGCUGCAGUUGGCCCAGGCCCGGGGCCAGGAGGGCCCUGGAGACAUGGACAGGGCAGCCCAUGGGGAGCGGGUGAAGGGUGUGGGUGCCCCAGAAGGUGGAGAAGAUGAAGAGGAAGAAGAGGAGACAGAAGAGAUGGCAGAGGCAGCUGGGGGCUCAGGGCGUGGCAGGUGGGCCCAAGGUGGGCAGGCUGGCUGGUGGUACCAGCUCAUGCAGAGCUCCCAGGUCUACAUCGAUGGCUCCACUGAGGGUUCUAGGUUUCCCCGAGGUGGCAGCAAUAGCAGCAGUGGCAGCAGCAGUGAGAAAAAGAAAGGAGCCGGAGGCAGGGGGCCACCCCCCCGAGAGGGAGUUGUGGAGGGAGCUGAGGCCUGCCCUGCCCCUGAGGAGACUCUGGGCAGGGCCUGGCCCUUCUGGAUGGGAAGCCCCCCUGAUUCUGUGCUGGCCGAGCUGAGACGCAGUCGGGAGAGGGAGGGGUCGACUGCUCCCCCAGCAGAAAAUGAGGAAGGAACCUCUGAGCCUUCACCUGGGGGCAUCAAGUGGGGACACCUUUUUGGGUCCCGAAAGGUUCAGCGGGAAGCCCGGCCCACAAACAGGCUACCCUCAGACUGGCUGAGCCUGGACAAGUCCAUGUUCCAACUAGUGGUGCAGACAGUGGGUGCCCGCCGGGAGCCAGAGCCCAGGGAGAGCCUGCAGGAGCCACACCCUCCAGCCCUGCCCUCCAAGCCUCCAUGCAAGGUGACGGCACUGUGCCACCAUCUGGCCACAGGCCCUGGACAGCUGAGCUUCCACAAGGGAGAUAUCCUACGGGUGCUGGGGCCAGCCAAAGGAGACUGGCUGCAUUGCAGCCGUGGCACUGACAUGGGCCUGGUGCCUCUGGCCUACGUGACAUUGACCCCAACUUCAAGUCCAACACCCGGAAGCAGCCAAAACUGAGGCCCUGUGCAUGCUGGUGGCCUCGGGGACCCUCAUAACCCCCAGACUCAGAGCCUGAGAGCCCUUCCCUCUGGCUUGGCUACUGAGAGUAGACUGAGAGCUGGGGGCCACAUAUGCCUGUGCUCAGUAUUAAUUACUCCCCCUUAAUUGUCCCAGUGACCUCGUCCAGAUCUCCACCCAGGAAAGGAGGGAAGGGACACAGCACUGGGCUGCCAGGAUUUCCCCAGCCCAUCUGGGCCAGCCCUUCCAUGGGUACAGACAAGUACGUCUGUAUGGAGGGAGGUGACCAGAAGCCCAUUUGCAGGGUUCCCUAGGCCAGGUGGUGAGGAGGAGGGGUAACAGUAUUGGGGCCAGAUCCCUAAGCCCCCAGCUGUAAAUAGGCUGUGGCCAGUACCUGGUGAUCAGAAGAGGGAGGAGGAGCCCAGGCUUCUGUUUAUGUAUUUUAUUUAUUUAUUUAUUACACCUA